AUGGCACCAAAUUCAGUAUUAAAUCACACUGCAGAAAGAGACUAUUCGCCCUGCUCUACUGAUUACAGUGAUGGUUUUGAUCUUAACGAUGCUCUCAAAGAUGAUCCCACUAAACCCCCAAGUACUGAUGAUUUUGACCUGAGUGACGCUCUCAGUGGUGAUCCCAUUAAGCCAGCAGCCGGUAGCAGUUUUGAUGAUUCAGAUCUUCAAGAUGUUGUAAACAGUGAUUAUAAACCCGAGAAGACCAAAUCUAAAGCUCAGGACCCUCCAACAGUGAUUGACAUCAUCAUUGACCUUGUGAUGGCUUUAAUAGGUGGAACAUCUGAACAAGUGAAGAAGUUGUGUUUCAGUUUGCUAGAAAUGUUCACUGAACAGUACGUGAAUGUGCAGGACCAGUGAAAGGAUGCUCAAUGCUUAACCUCUCUUCUGCCAAGCCACCUUUUGGAAGGAAGUUGAAAUGGUCAUCGUAAAGAGAUAGGAAGCUGAUAGUUGCUGUCCAACUUCAGACAUAUUGGAUACUAUUUCAGGUUCCUUUGCUUAAACACCCGUUGAGGUUCUGACUUGUUUUUAACAUUGUUUAAAACCUUGCUAUUUCGUUGGAUUGGAAUGUGUUAGCAGGCCUGGCUUGAUGAUAUGGAUUUUUUUUCUUUUGUUUUGAAAAUUUUCAUUUUUAAAUGAUAUUUUCCAUAAAACAAUUUAUAGAACGGUUGGCUGCUCAGGCUACCAAACAUCAGUUCAGAACAUUAUCACUGUCUUCCAGUUAUUGUAUUUACAAACACUUGGAAAUUUUAAGGGAUGUUCAUUUUGAAAUACUGGUACUUAAUUACACAAUUUUAUAAAAGUUACCUCAGUGAAGGUACACAUUAUGAAGUAGAUAAUGAUGAAAGUUAUUGAAAUGAGUUGAGCGCAGAAUGAUGGGUUCAAAAGCUUUAGAUCCUGGUUUUAGGUGGAGGUUGCUCAUUGCUGUAGCUACAAUGUCAAGGAACUAAACCUUAGAAGAUAAGAACUAGGAGGCAGGAAUGGGCAGUUUAGCCCCUACAAUCAUGGUUGAUCCCAUUUUGACUUCAAUUCCACUUUAUUGACCAAUCUUCAUAAUCCUUCAACCUGUUACUAAUUAAAACUCUGUCUUUCUCCUCCUUAAAUUUACUUAAUAUCCCAGCAUUCAUCGCAGAUUCACUGUCCUCUGAGAGAAGUAAUUCCUUUUCAUCUCUGUUUGAAAUCUGUUACCCCUUAACCUAAAACUAUGACCUCUCAUUCUAGAUUGCCCCACAUGGGGACUCACUCCCUUAUGUCUACUUGCUCAAUCCGUUUUAGCAUCUAAUGUAUCUCAAUUAGAUCUCUCAUUCUACUAGAGAACAAAAACUGUAGAGAGUAUAGGCUUAAACUGUUCAAUUUCUCUUCGUAAGAGAAACCCCUCAUCUCUGGAAACAAUCCAGAAACCUCCUUAGGAGUUACUGCUCACUAACCAGCAUGUAAGAAAUUAAGUCGAUCGUUUCAUUUUGCCUCUUUAAGAGUGAAGGUGCAUUUCAAAUUGUCUUUAUAUUGCACUUGUAACAUGGGAGGUUCUACAAAGGAGCAUUGGCAGGUGAAAGUGACUUAAGACACGUGAGAUAUUCAGACAGGCAACUAAAAACUUGUCAAAGAGUUUCAAUGAGCUCUUUUGUAAAGAGAUGGGAGUUUAAGAAAUUCCCAGGAAAUGAACUUGGAUAAUUCAGGAUGCAGUCGCCAAUGCUGGUAUAAAAGAAAUUGGGAUUCAGAACAGAACAUCACUACUUCUUUCAAAAUAGCAGACUGAACAAUAUCGUAUGGAUGUCUUAAAUGCUUGUACAAUUGCAGGAAGACUUUUGUUUUAUGGAGGACCUUGCGUUUUGUCUUUUUUUUUCGAUGGGUGAAUAUUCAUAAAUGUCACUCAAUGUUAGGCUUUAUAAGAUUUGCAGCUGCAUAACUUAAGGAACCUUGGGCAUUUACUGUAUGUGGUCCUUUCUUAAGAUUAACUGCUCAUUUUAGAGGUUGCUUACUAAUGAGGGAAGGAGAGAUUAUGGAGGGAAGUAUUCUGGUGCUUGAUGUAGAGUGGAUGGGCAGGUGGAGAGGGAUCUUUAUUAAAUGACUUGGUGUCAGAAGGAGAUGGAGUAAAGUGAUAAGAUCUAUCCGUCAUUUUAUAAACCCUCCAAAUGGCUUCCCAUUAUUGACUUGAGAAAUCAAAUUCCAAGUGCUUUGAGAUAGGAACUGUCAGACUUCACUACAUUUGCUCAGUUAAACUUGCCAUAAGUGCCGGCAACCUUGGGCAGAGUGAAAUAUUUCUUAAACAAUUUCCUAUUUCACAGCGUAUAGCUGCAGUGAUAGUUACUUUUCAAGUCAAUAGUGUAUUGAUAUCUAUUUAUGGGAUUGUUUGUAAUUGGGAAUUACUUUAGCAUUAACUGAAUGCAGCUCAAUGUGGAAUUUAAGUUGUCUUAAUUAAGACUGACCAUGAACGGCUUGUAGUAUGUAAAAUAAAGUGGAUUUGAAUAA